AUGGGUAACAGAUGAAAAGCACUCUCUGUGUCAGCAUUAAUGUCUCGCUGAAAGCAAGUCAGUAACGAUUUGUAAGAUGAGGCAUACAUCAAAGAGAAAACCACCAUAGCAUCAGGCUGAACCAUUUCAGGAGAGACUGACAGAGUGAGAGCGGAGGAGGAACAGAGAGAGAUGGAGGCAGAGAAUCUGAAGCAGGCUCCGGGCUCUGAGCUGUCAGCACAGAGCCUGAUGCAGGGCUCAAACUCACGAACUGCAAGCAAGGUCAUGAUCUGAGCUGAAGUCGGAUGCUUAACUGACUGAGUCACCCAGGCACCCCUGACUCGUGGGUAACCAAGAGCGGCUUUUCUGGAGCGUUAGUGGGAACUGUCCGUUUAGAAAUCUACCUCCCCAUCUCGAGACGAGUUUAAAAAAAAAAGAAGAAGAAGAAUUAAGAAAGAAAAAACAGGUGGAACCGACGUAAAAUUGGCCACAGCAGCGCACGCGGGAGACAGAACUUUCUGGGGGCAUCCUGCCAGCGCUCUUCACGCGUGGUGCGCGCAGGUGGCGCUGCGGUCCCUGAGCUCCCCGCGGAAGCCGGCGAGGAGCCCAGGAGGCCACCCAGAGCCUCCGCGAAGGGUGCGCCCUGAGAGCCCGGUAGCGUCGGAUCUCUGUGCUGCAUACCCGAUGAUGGAUGAGCCGUGGUGGGAAGGGCGCGUCGCCUCAGACGUCCACUGCACCCUGCGCGAGAAGGAGCUGAAGCUGCCCGCCUUCCGAGCCCACUCCCCACUGUUGAAGAGCCGCCGGUUCUUUGUGGACAUCCUGACCCUGCUGAGCAGCCACUGUCAGCUGUGCCCCGCGGCCCGGCACCUGGCUGUCUACCUGCUGGACCACUUCCUGGACCGCUACAACAUCACCACCUCCAAGCAGCUGUAUGCCGUGGCGGUCUCCUGCCUGCUGCUCGCAAGUAAGUUCGAGGACAGGGAAGACCACGUGCCCAAGCUGGAGCAGAUAAACAGUACAAGGGUCCUGAACGGCCAGAACUUCACCCUCACCAAGAAGGAGCUGCUCAGCACAGAGCUGCUGCUCCUGGAAGCCUUCAGCUGGAACCUCUGCCUGCCCACGCCCGCCCACUUUCUGGACUACUACCUCUCAGCCUCCGUCAGCCAGAAGGAUCGGCACUGCCACAGCUGGCCUGCCACCUGCCCCCGCAAGACCAAAGAGUGCCUCAAGGAGUAUGCCCACUACUUCCUAGAGGUUACCCUGCAAGAUCAUAUUUUCUACAAAUUCCAGCCUUCUGUGGUGGCCGCAGCCUGCGUUGGGGCCUCCAGGAUUUGCCUUCAGCUUUCCCCCUACUGGACCAGAGACCUACAGAGGAUCUCAAAUUACUCUCUGGAACAUCUCAGCACAUGCAUUGAAAUCCUACUGGUAGCUUAUGACAAUGUCUUCAAGGAUGCUGUUGCGGUCAAGAGCCAGGCCUUGGCAAUGGUGCCUGGCACGCCCCCUGCCACCACCCAGGUGUUGUUCCAGCCACCCACCUACCCCACCCUGAGCCAGCCGACGACACCAGCCCUGGCGCCAUUUCAGACCCCCGUGCAGGACCUAUGCUUGGCCUAUCGGGACUCGCUGCAGGCUCAUCGCUCUGGGAGCCUGCUCUCAGGAGGCUCUGGCUCCUCCCUCCAUGCCCUGUACCCCACCCUCCAGCCCCUGGACGUGUGUCCCGUGUCCCUCCCCACGCCCCUCAGCAUGCAGAUGGCCAUCGCGGCUGAGCCCAGGCACUGCCUCACCACCACCUAUGGAAGCAGCUACUUCAGCGGAAGCCACGCGUUCCCCACGGGCUGUUUCGACAGAUAGGGCACCUUUGGGCCACACAGGGAGCCCUUGGAGACCCACCUGGGCAGAGGACGAGGACACAGGUGAGGGAGCUCAGCGGAGUGAGGCAGUGGGGAGGCCAUCCCCACAGAGCCUCAUUGUUACCCUUGAACGGAGAGGGUUCAUGUUCUUUUUAAAUAAAGCUGGCCCCCAGCAAAACAGUCCAUGACAACCUCCCCCGAGAGCAUUCCUCUGGAAAGCGUCUUCCACAUAUGUAGCUGGGGUGAAGGGGGGUGGCUCGGCCACCACCCUCUGGAGGAGGGACCCCCUGAAUUGAGAAAGACUUGGUGAGAGGCCAGGAGACUGGAAACUGGAUGCAGACUGCCAGUCCAUGAGCAUGUUUGGUUUUUAGCAUCAAAGACUUCUUUACUUCUCGCCAGUGGCAGCUACACUGAAAAAGAAGGGGACUGCAUGAUGUAUCCUCAGGACCCCAGCAGGUGCCGCAUUGGGUGCUCUUUCCCUGCCUCCAUACAGAAGAGCUGUGUGUGUGUGUAUGUCUAAGCGUCGGCCUUCUGAGGCACGGCAGGCGGCUGUCUUGCCUUUGUUGUUGGACCUAAAACCUUAUUAGGCCUUUUAGAUAUCUCACAUGCUGCUGCUUCCUGAAGUGACCUAGCUUUCUGUUCAGUAAGAUAUCUUGUUUACAUAGUGUAUCAGGGAUUUUACGAUACUUGAAAAUUCCUUAGGAGAGAAAAAAUGUUGAUCGCCACACUGCCUGUCCCAUGCAAGGGCUGUAGGUUCGGACCCAGCUUGUAACAACAAGCAGGUGGUUGGGGAAAGCAACUCCCCAGGCUCUCAGUUCAAGAAGAUUCCACAUCUUGGAUGCUGUGUUCACCUGUAGAACUUUGACAGCCACCCAGAGGAGAAGUGGUUGAAAGGUAGACAGAGGUUUACAACCAACAACCCUAACCCCACUCCACCAGGUGCUUAUGGUGUGUGAGUUUGGCUAAUAGGGAAGGCUAAUAAUGUGGAAUGUUUGCUUCGUGCCAGCUGGAGUCGGGGAGCGGGGCAUGGACAGGGGUGUAUGUCACAAAUACAGGCAAGCAAUUGGUUGGAUCGAAAGCCAGUGUUUGGGCACCUACAGCAAGAGGGCCCUCAGGAAGACUCUCAUAACCAUGUGCAAUAUGUUUUUAUUCUGACUCAUGACUUGUGCUAGUUGUGUUUUUUUGGUUUGUUCUGAGUCGGGGCGACACACUGUUCACCCAUUAGAACUGGGAGGUGUAAAGAACAAUGGAGACAUUUUUUUUGUUUGUUUUAAGAAGAACCCAUCUUGGUUUUCUUGACUUAUUUGCCCGUCAGUGCAGGAGACUGGCUCGGGGACUAUCAGGAAGGCGGCCAUGUGCUGCUGAAUUGGAUCCGAAGGUGAUUUUCAGAGCAGAUGAAGGCUUCGGUGUGGAAGCAGAAUAAGAAGAGGUAACGCGAAUAAGGCACCGGUGCCGCUGUGUCACAUGAGUGUGGGAAGACUACACGUUUGUUUGUUGCUUUUCUCUUUUUCCUUUGCCAACCUCCUUCUAUUUAUGUGAGACUGGUUUGGAUUCCAAGUUGUUGUGUCUGUCUGGCCUGGGACUGGGGCUUGUGAAGGGCCCCCCAAUAGAGCCUCACAGCCAGCCCAGCACGCAGAAGAAGGCGUCUUGCAAUAAACAGAUCACCU